AUGGAAGCUUUCAUUCCUGACGUCCACAUGGCCGACAGCCCGCGUGCAAGAACACCAAUCAACCCGUCUGCGGUUCUGUACGAGCUGGCAGAUGCUCGAUCCGGCCUCCCCGCCGAGGUCGGCAAUACGGACCUCGAUUUCGUGCCCGGUGUUGCUUUCGAUGCCAUGGGAAACGGAGAGCUAACGGGCGAUUUGCCAGGUGACGCGGACCGCGUCAAUAACAACAACAACAAUGUUGCACCCACUCCACAAUUCAGCCCGACCGCUCUACUCAACCCGCGAUCACUCGCAUCAAAACGCCCCGCAUCAUCUGGUAGCGACCUUGACCGCGGGCGUAGCGAUCCCACCAUCGCUGGCCAAAUCUCACUCGUUGAGCGGUUGCACAACGUCCAGGAGCGCACAGCUUCACCAGCGAAGCGAAUCAAGACUGACGAGGACCGCAAAAAGUCUACGCAUCGCCAAGGAUUUAACGGUGGCAGCAGUCUCGAGUUACAAAAGACAAAUUUAGGCGAUGAUGAUGAUGUUCAGUUAGUCGGAGACAAUAUGGAGGAGCUCAUAUGUGUCGGCAAAGUCAAGCACACCUACGUCCAGGCCCACACCGUUCCUUAUCCCGACCCAAAGAAGUACCUCGGCAACAGUGGUCAGCAAGGCCGAAUCAAGGUCUCAUUCCGUCGAGCUGGAAACAAUCGUAACAAUCUCAAUAUCAUGGUCACCGAUCCCACCGGCAGAGAAUUCGGUAGAGUCGACAUGAAGUCGUCAACUGGAUUGUGUCCAUUGAUAGAUGGAGCGAAGGCCAAUGGACUGAUGUGGAUGGCUUGGACCGAUAUUCGACGAAAACAAGCUGGCGAGGGUCCUCCAGGCUCACCCUUCUCAGGGCUCAUCAGCAUGACGCUCCAGUUGUACUGUAAGCGGAAGUGGGCCCAUGAUAUCGGCAAGUUCCUUAAGGGCAAGAACAUUCAGCUGCUACGACCCGUUUUCGAGCUCCAGCGCUAUGACUACUACAACCCACAAGAUGGCGACUCCCUUACACGGAUCCAAGCGAUAGAUCCUAGCUUUCAGACCGAUCAGUUCACCCAGCAAGGACCAACACCUGGAGCACCAGGCAGUAACUACGUCUUGCGAAGCGUCGAUGAGAUCCGGGCUGACGUUGCCGACGUUUUCGAUACGGUUGUCAGUAAAUCGGAUGAAGUACCUACGCGAGAGCCGUCUAGUCACAUCAAGACAGAGCUGUAUCCGCAUCAGAAGCAAGCCCUCUAUUUCAUGUGGGAUAAGGAGCAGGACCAUAGCGCGGAAGAGCACGACCAGCGCAAGGACACUCUCUGGGCGCCGAAGCUUCGCGACAAUGGUCGUAAGUUCUAUCGUCACGUCAUCACCGGCGAGGAGCUUGAUGUGAAGCCUCAAGCUUGCCGCGGCGGUAUUCUUGCCGAUGAAAUGGGGCUGGGUAAGACCCUAAGUAUACUGUCGCUGGUGGCUGACGACGACUCUAUCAAGGCUGCUAAUGAUUUUGCCACCAAAAAGCCACCUCCAGUGCCCCCGCAGUCCAAGAUGAUCCAACCUCUUGUUAAUAGCAAAGCGACGCUCCUUGUCUGUCCACUCAGUACUAUGACCAACUGGAAGGAGCAGAUGAAGGAGCAUUUCCCUGCCGGAAGCGGGUUAAAGUGGACACGCUAUCAUGGAUCUGAGCGUUUCAACAUGAGUUCGAAAGAUCUUGCGAAGUACGACAUCGUUGUCACGACCUACCACAUCAUCCAGAAGGAUAUCAACGAUCGGAAGCGCCCUCUACCGUACAUAAACUGGUUUCGCAUUGUGCUUGAUGAAGCUCACACUAUCCGCAACCCUACAGCGCAGUCACGAGCCACCUGUGUGCUGUUCGGGCAGCGCCGGUGGGCGGUGACUGGAACACCCGUACAGAAUCGACUCGAAGAUCUUGGUGCGCUGUUCAACUUCAUCAAGUUGAGUCCCUUCAACACCCAGCAAGGCUUCAAUCAGUAUGUCGUGCAUCCCUUUAAGAACGCCGAUCCCGAUGUUGUACCCAAGCUGCAAUUGCUUGUGAGUACAGUCACCAUGCGGCGCACUAAGGAGAUCAUUAAAGACGAAGUCCCUAAGCGCAACGACAUAAUCGUCAAGUUAGAGUUCUCAAAAGAAGAGCGUCAACUACACGACUGGUUCGAAAAGGAUACUCAACGCAAGGUUAACAUCGCCACCUCUGGCGACAAGAUGGGCGGGAACACAUAUGCUCGGAUUUUGACGGCGAUUCUCAACAUGCGGCUGAUAUGCGCUCACGGCCGUGACCUCCUAAGCGAUGAUGCUCUUAAGACGACUGAUGGCAUGACGUAUGAUAACCCCAUGGAGAUAGGAGAAGAUGAAGGCGAGGCACCAGCCCUCACGCGCUCGCAAGCUUACGACAUGCUCGAUCUUCUCAAUCAGACGGACAACGAUGAAUGCGUCUUCUGUGGACAGGGCCCUGGCACGAAGCACUCGAUUCUAGCGGUCGACAGUGACGACGAGGACGAGGAUGGUGAUGUCUCUGACACCAUUGGAUUCAUGACUACCUGCUAUCACAUUGUAUGCCCGAAGCAUCUGAAAAAGCUGAAGCAGCAGUGGGCAGAGACUUUGAUGGCCGAUGGUCGCAUCCAAUGCCAGAUUUGCGAAGACAGAAACAAUCCGACGACAUUCGAGCUCAAGCGGAGCGACUUUCGCAACUUUCAGGACGAGCGAGAGCGCAUCCGCGGCGAUCCUAAAUUGGCGAAGAAGAUUGGCAGCUAUAACGGCCCACACACAAAAACACGAGCCCUCCUCAAUGACUUGGAGGAACAUAGGGCAUGGAGUAUCGCACACCCAACUGAGCGACCGAUCAAGAGUGUCGUUUUUUCCUGCUGGACCACACAUCUCGAUCUCAUCGAACUUGCGCUCAAGGACCAUCAACACCGCUACUGCCGUCUCGAUGGCCGCAUGUCUCGUCAAAACCGAGACGAGUCUAUGCGCGUCUUCCGUGAGGACCCUACCAUCAUUGUCAUGCUCGUGUCCAUUGGCGCGGGCGGUCUAGGUCUUAACUUAACCACCGCCAACAAAGUCUUUAUGAUGGAGCCGCAGUUCAACCCCGCAGCGGAAGCUCAGGCAGUUGAUCGGGUGCAUCGUUUAGGCCAGGAUAGGGAAGUCAUGAUCAAGCGGUUCAUCAUGGACAACAGCUUCGAAGAGAAGAUGGUCGAGCUGCAGCAAAAGAAGAAGAAGUUGGCCGACCUCACCCUUGCUAGGCAGCGUCUCAGCAAGGAGGAGCAGACAAAGCAGCGUUUAGAGGAGCUGAGAAGUCUGUUCCGCUGA